AUGAUCGAAUUUGGUUUUGAUGAUGGGGGGGGUUGGGUUUUGGUGAAUGGGGUUGUGGAUGGGGGGGGGGGUGGUUGGGGUAUAGUGGAUUUGGGGUGGGGUAGUGGGGGUGGGGGGUGGAUUAUUUGUUUGUUUUAUAUGGGGGGGUGUGGUUUGGGGGGUGUUGUGGGGUGUGGUGGGUGUUGUUUGGGGGGGGUGGGGUUUUGGGUGGGGGUGGUGGUGGUUGUUGUGUUGGGGUGGUGGGUGGGGGGUGGGUUGUGGGGGAUGUUAGUUUUGGGGGGAUGGGGGGGGUGUUGUUGGGUUGAUAUGGUGAUGAUGGAUUUGGUUGGUUGGGUUUGGAGGAUUGGAGUUGGAUGGGGUGUGUGGGGGGGAUUAUGGGUAGAUGUUUGGGGGGGGGUAGGGGGUGGGGGAGUGGGGGGGGAGGGGUUGGGGUGGGAGUGGGGGAGGGGAAUUAGGGAGGGUUUUGGGUGUUAUGUUGGGGUGGGGUUGGGUGGGAUGGGGUGGGUGUUUUUGUGUGUGGGGUUGGGGUGUUGGGUGGGUUGGGGUGGGUUUGUGGGGGGUGUUGUGGGGUUGGGGGGUGUGGGGUUGGUUUGGGUGUUGGGUUGGUGGGGUGUUGGUGUGGGGGGGGUUGGGUGGGUGGUGGUGUGUGUUGGGUGGAUUGGUUGGGGGGUUUGUGGUGGAUGGGGGUGUUGUGUGUGGGGUGUUUGGUUGUGGUUUGGGUGUUUGUGGUUGGUGGUGAUGUGGUGGGCUAUUUUUGGGUUUGAGGUAGUAGGUAUGUAUAUUGUUUAUGAUUGGGGGGGUUGUGGUUUUGGGGGUUGGGUGUGGGGUGAGUGUGGUUUAGUUAGGGUUUUGAUGGGGGGGGGGGGGUUGUGGGUUGGGGGGGGUAUGGUGUGUGGGUGUGUUUUUUUUGUGGUGGUGUGGGUGUUGGUGGGGGUGUGGGGGGGGUGUUUGUUGGGGUUGUGUUGGAGGGGGGGUGUUGGGGGGGGGGGGGGGUUUUGGUUGUGGGUGGUGGGGUGUGUUGGUGUGGGGUUUGUGGAAGGGUUUUGGGGGUUGGGGGGUGGUUGGUGUGUGUGUUUUGGGUGGUGUGGGGUUGGGGUUUUUGUAUUGGUGUGUGUGUGGUGUGUUGGUGAUGGGGGGGUAGGGGUGGGUUUGGUUUUGGGGUUGUGGUUUGUGGGGUUUGAGUGUGGGGGGGGGGUGGGGGGGGGGGGGGUGGGUUUUGUGUGUGUGUUGGUGGUGAGAUGGGUUUUAAUUUAG